CCGAAAUGAAUUGAAAUUGGUCUCGUCCGUGCUGCCGUUGACGGAUUUUUUGAACCCAAAGAGUAGUGUGUUUUGCAGCCAAAAGAAAGCAUCCUCUCAAGGGCCAGUGAAUUAGCCAUAUAUACACUAUUAUCGGUUUUUGGGCCCUGCGGUGGACAAUCGUCGACACUCGCAACGGUGUAAAAUUGGCGUUUAAUGUGGAUUGAUGUGUUAAGAAUAGCGAAGAAAAACAACACUCGCUGUUUGAUUUCGGGGAAGACACGGUAUAAGAUAUGUAAAAUUUUAAGUUUUCUUCCUUGAAUUUUGGAGGAGCAGAUUGCACACGGAAGAAACGAAAGAAGAAGCAGACAGAGUAAUAUCAGCAGCAGCAGCAGCGCUAGCGACAGCAGAGGAGAGGUCUCGUUUCUCUCACUCCCGCACUCUUUCAAGUGCUGUUUUUUCGGUUCCUUCUCUCGGGUCGCAGUAGAAAAAUAUGUGUGUUUUUAACGUAGAUUUUUUCGGUGUGCCCUUGCCCGAGCAGAGCCUAGGCCUUCUACACUGAGCCCUCCGAGUGUUUGAAUGAAUGGAGAAUUUCUACUAGAAGAAAAAAAAUAAUCAAAGUGCUAUUUUGCUCUUUCUCUGGUGUGGUGUGUCCCAUUGGUAACUACUGCGUGGAAAGCGCAGCCUGCCUCGAUGCCGAUCGCUCGAGGUGCAAAUGAUUUAUGAGAAGGAACGAGCGAAAGGAAUUAGAUGAAAAAGUAUGGUCGAAACGAAAUAUUGAGUGAUUUUUACAAGUCGCGACACCCGCGAGCGCUAUGAGCUGUGCUGUCGGUAAACGUGUUUCGGUGUAUUUAUAUUUUCGCGUCUGAAGCAGGGAAGAAAAAUGAAAAAUUGUCUCUGAUCAAUUUCCCAUCACAUUGUUGUUCUAGUGGGAGGUGGAGCGAGCAGUUGUUGUGGAAGAAAAGUUACUGUGGAAGUCGACGGGUCAGAAAGGAGAGAAAGUGCGAGCGAAGAAGAGUGCGCACAGUGUGGUUUUCGUUUUUCGAAAUAGCUCUAUAAUUGAGAGAAAGAAGAAGACGAGGGAAGUGAGGCUAAAACGGAGAAUCUGGUUGCAAGUGAAAAAAAAGUAUUAAAAAACGUACACAUAAGAAUCGUUUACCGUGCGGGAAGAAGCCAAGUUUCCUCCAGAAGUAUGUGAAGCAAAGAGAAAUGCAAAUGAACAAUCAAUAUCUUCUGGUACGUUAACGUCGGGAAGUUGCUAUUGCUCCUCGGACCAAGUCCUAGUCAUUGAGUGAACCGAAGAAAGAAGAAAAAAAAAAUUACGACCAUUAUGGUUUAUUGCCAUAUUAUAUACUAAGGCAUGAAGUGAGUAAUAAUAUUUUGAUUUUUUGUCCCGAGUGCUUUACUGCUACCAAGUGCGGAGAGUGCGAAAGUAUGGAAUCCUGAGGAUUAUUCAUUAAUCACGAAGACAAGUCAGAUAUGUUUCUUUCGCCGGACUGCUGUGAGUGAGGAGUCUAGGAAUGAAGUGCGUUAGUAUGUUGCAGUGGUGAAAAUCGUCCGAGACCACCAUAUUCCGUAGACAGAUAUCUUAACCGAAAAAAAAACAACAAGAAAAACAGACACUGACAAUGUAAGUGGCUGAUGGUGCUACUUCUUGGCUUUUUGUGGUCUGCUUUUCUGGAUUCAUCGUCGUGUUCGCCGUCGUCGUCGUCGUCGUCAUCUUUGCCGUCGCCGUUGUGAUAUCGAACGAGUUCAACAUUAGUUUCAGACUGGCAAAAGCAGACACAAUCAACCAGUUCCAAAGUUGGAAAGUUUAGCAGGCCUACAUAAAUUUGAAGAAAAGAGACACACAUACACCGGUGAAGGCAGUGAUCAGAGGUUCAGUGGUUGGUAGAUAAUUUGAAUAGAAUAGUGAUUCUGACAAUUGGGCAAAAAAUUGGCGGAAUCUAGCAUCAGGCAGCGAUAUUUUAUGCUUAACAGAAUUGGCCUACGGAUUCCUGGGGUGGCAGACCAUGCAAACAAGAUGAACAAGUACAGCAGAACGAAGGUGAUCAACGGUGAUGUCACCGAAGUGAAUCGUCACCACCAACGACAAACCGCUACCAACAGCAUAACGACGAAGCGGCGAAAAUACAGGCUGCUGAAUACGCGGCUAAAGCUACUGCCAAGCAUUCAAACAUGUUCAUAUCUAACCCUGGGGAUGAUUGUGUGCAUUCAGCUGCUGAUGAUGCCCACCGUGUUGCACUGUGCCAAAACUUUCUACAUGCACUGGAAUACGACAAACAGCAUAUUUCGGAUCGACAACACCGAUCACAUCAUCGACGUGAACAAGGGCAACUCGGCCUUCGAAUAUGACCAGGUUCAUAUCAUCUGUCCUGUGUACGAGCCGGGAACCUUUGACAACGAGACGGAGAAGUACAUCAUCUACAAUGUGUCGAAGGUGGAGUACGAAACGUGCCGGAUCACGAACCACGAUCCGCGCAUCAUCGCAAUCUGCGACAAACCGAACAAACUGAUGUUCUUCACUAUCACAUUCCGGCCAUUUACACCGCAACCCGGUGGUCUAGAGUUCCUACCAGGGAAUGAUUACUAUUUCAUCUCGACCUCGUCGAAGGACGAUCUCCAUCGGAGGAUAGGUGGUCGAUGUUCCACCAACAAUAUGAAAGUAGUAUUCAAGGUUUGCUGUGCCGACGAUCAGCACCCGCAUCCAAACAUAACGUCUAGUAAUAAUAAUAUUCCUUCGUCGACGUCGAUCGACGGUGGCAGUUCGUCGGGUGGUAACGGUAACCCAGUUAGCGGUAGCAGCGGUGUAUCGAUCAACACCAAUGCUAGCGGAUCGUUGGACGGUUUCGAUCCGUCCACGAGGUUACUGCCAUCGUCAACGGUGAACAGUAGCCAGGGCAACAUCGUGCAGAGCACGGUUAACUGGCCGGUGUGGAACGGUGGCCAACAGCGACCGGUUCCGUCGACUCCAUCGGUCAACAACAACAACAACAACAAUGGUGGCAAUGGUCGACAUCAGCAUCACUACACCCAAUCACCGCCGAGGACGGCAAUCAACAACUAUAACUACGGUGGCAACAGUGGAAGCGGCUCUGGUGCUUAUAGUAAUAGUAAUAAUUAUAAUAACAAUCCACCGUCCAAUGCACAUCAGAACAAUAAGCCGACGAAGAAGACGAACGAGUACGACAAACACCCGAACGAGGUCGUCAAAAACGAGGAACUCACCUACAACAAUGCGGCCACGAGGACCAACCCCCGAGGUUUGCUAGGAUUAGUAGUAUUAGCGAUCUGUCUGCAUCUUCUGCCAUUACUUAGUGGCUAUUGCAGCCGAAGCAGUAGUAGGCUAAGUGUAACAGGGUUGCCAAAUUCGUUGCCAUUGACGAGAUAGCACGGAAGCCGAUUCCUUACGCGAUGCUAAUCAUGACAUACUAGAACACUCAUAUACAUAUAUGGAAGAAAAAAAAUUACACACACACACACACGCAGACACAGCAAGAAGACACAUUUGUAAUACGAGACUCUUGGAUCUGUUUUAAUAAUUAUUUUUCUGCUAGCAGCCGGAGGAAGGAUUACUCCCAACUCCGCACACACGAAACAUUCAACGAUACUUGUAAAACAAGCGAGAGUCCGAAGCGUAAGUUGUAUCCUUGUUCAUACAUAGAGCAAACCCGAAAACAAAUAUCUAAUAGUCCUUAUAGUGUGUAGUAGUGAGUGAUAUUAAUUUAAAGAAACAGAAAAGAAAAAAAAAUAAACAACACACAACAAGGCAAGGAAUCACACAUUUUAAUAAAAGAUGAUAAACCGAAGACUGAGAGAUUUGACACCGCGGGCGUAAUGAAAAUUCGGACGACGCGACUAACCACUAAACAAACAAAACAAAAAAGCAUCCUGUUACACGAAAUACUUGUUAGUCGGUAGAUCUGAGGACUCUGAGGUAGGCGAAUCGGCCGGAAAUCCGUUCCAUUCCUGUGUUCCGUGGCUCUCUGCAAUGUGCCAAUUUUCAUUGCAUCUUUUUUUUCAAAAGAUUAAGGUAUUUCAAUUUUGACUAUCUAGUCUGCAAAGCAGAGCAGCAUCAAAAGAAGCAAACAACAACAAUCCUGUCCGACGACGACGAUGAUGAUUUUGGUUGCAAUUUUACAAUUAGAAAAGCCCGUACAUCGUGACUGUGGUAUGGGUCUUUUCGGUCAGAUUAAAACUGAGAUCCUAGGCACUUGCGUGCGGUCGGAGGAGGAGGUGGGUCAUCAUACUGCCACUGGCAGAGUGCAGUUCCGGUUUCGCAACGAGAGAAAAUUCAAAUUUUUCGGAUAUCUGCUUUCCCUUUGUUUUGCUACCGUAUGUUUUUUUUAUUUUUUGGUUCUGUUGUUGUUUUCAUUUCGGCAGUGGGUUGCUGCCGCACGCCACCCGUCAACUACCCGUGGUAGCCUGGCUGUCUGUUUAUCUGACGGAUGGACGGAUGGACGGCAUGACGAGGCGGUCCGGCUUCCAAUUGCAAUCAAUUCGGUUGCCGGCUUGUCUAUCCGUCAGUCAGUGUCAGUGUGCUUCGGCUGGUUGGGAGGCUGUCUACGUGUGUUAUCAGGUUUAUGAGUGGCUGCACUUCCCUGUGUACUCACCGUCGGGACGAUUUGACGUUGGAUUCCGUGCAUGGCUGUGUGGGUUAUUCUUUUUUUUUCGUGUGGGGAGGGGGGGUUUCUACGUGACAAAGGAUAGAGCGGUUCAGGCCGGGAAAGGUGCGAAUUUGUUGGUUCGAAAUUUGUGGGUAUAUUUUAAUUAUGGUAAAGCUAAUUUUGAUUUUAAAUAAAGUGCGAAAAUAUUUCGAUCGAGCAUGUUUUUAGCAUGUUUUCAUCCCAAAAUUGAUUAGGAAAUAGAAUACAUAUUCUUUUUACGAUGUUUAUUCGAAUAAUGAUUUUUUGUGUAGUUAUAAAGCGACUCAAAUCUGUUUUAAAAAUGAAACUUGAAUUGCAACCAGAUAUUAUUGGUUUUCUAGAGGAACUUGAUUGCACAAAUUAUCUUGCUACAAAGAUAAUAGCUUUGUAGCUAUUAUUAGGCAUAUAUAAUUACGAAAUUUCUCUCUGUUAGUAAGCUCAAAUAACUCCUGUAUUAAAUAUAUGUCUCUGAGCAUACAGUAUUGGAAUAAUUUCAAGUGAUGAAUGUCAUGCCAUAUCAUGAUAAAAAAAACUUUGAAUCUCAAUCUUCAAACACUUAUUCUUCUACUUUUGAUUUGUAAUGUCACCAUACAGAUUCAAAUUGAAAACUUAUUAAAUUUACUGCCAAAUUACAAGAAAAAUGUCAUUGUGUUUCGACACUGUUAUCGAAAUUUAUAGAAGCUAGCUAGCUGACCCGUCGAAAUUCGAACUCGCCCAAACAUUAUUUGUGAGGAUUUAUGUUUUCGGACAGCAGAAUUGUUAGACGACUAAGUGGUUAACGUUUUUCUCCAUUAUUUUUCUGAUUACUGAAUUUACAGUUCGGCUGAAAAGUUCGUAUCGUUUAAUAGAAACACACUUUUUUUUUGCCAAAAUUCGUUUUUAUUAUUCAACAUAAUUGCCAUCAGACGCGAUACAGCGAUUAUAGCGAUCUUCCAACUUUUCGAUACAAUUUUUGUAGUACGAUUUGUCCUUUGCCUCAAAGUAGGCCUCAGUUUCAGCGUUUACCUCUUCAUUGCUUCUAAAUUUUUUACCAGCGAGCAUUCUCUUGAGGUCUGAGAACAGGAAAAAGUCACUGGGGGCCAAAUCUGGAGAAUACAGUGGAUGAGGGAGCAAUUCGAAGCCCAAUUCGUUCAAUUUCAGCAUGGUUUUCAUCGACUUGUGACACGGUGCAUUGUCUUGAUGAAACAAAACUUUUUGCUUCUUCAAAUGAGGCCGUUUUUUGAAAUUUCGUCCUUUAAACGUUCUAAUAACGCUAUAUAAUAGUCACUGUCGAUGGUUUUUCCCUUCUCAAGGUAGUCAAUGAAAAUUAUACCAUGCGAAUCCCAAAAUACAGACGCCAUAAUCUUACCGGCCGAUUGUUGAGUCUUUCCACGCUUUGGGUUCGGUUCAUCGCGUGCAGUCCACUCAGCUGACUGUCGAUUGGACUCCGGAGUGAAGUGAUGGAGCCAUGUUUCGUCCAUUGUUAUAUAUCGACGAAAAAAAUCGGUUUUAUUUCGAUAUAACAGCUCCAAACACUGCUCAGAAUCAUCAAUUCGUUGUUGUUUUUGAUCGAUUGUGAGCUCACGCGGCACCCAUUUUGCACAAAGCUUUCUCAUAUCCAAAUAUUCGUGAAUAAUAUGUCCAA